AUCCACGCAUCACACAAUCCUGCUAGCCCGGGCCGGAAGUUAGGGGUUGGCGUCGGGGGUCAGCUUUGACCAGCCGAGACGGUAACACUCAUGAAAUUUGUGACGGAGCCGCCGAAGUGAUGUCUGCGCCGGGGUUCUCCAACGUGAACGGCUCUUUCGGCUACAGUCAAAAGCCGACGCCGAAUGGUGAAGCUGCCGUCCCGCAUCAGAACGGUCCCGUUCAGACAUACACCCCCACAUACCCAACCGUGGGUUACUAUGGAGCACCUCCUCAGCAGCAGAACUACCCUGGCAUCCCUUCACACUUGACCAGAAAAGCUCACAUCAUGAACAGUGUCCAUAGUGCUAAUAACUACUACCAGCACCACCAUCAGCAUCCCCAAGUAGCACCCAGCUCAAAUAUACCCUCCAACUACCACUACACCCGACAGCCAUUCCAGCAGCAACAUCCACCCUAUGCCACUCCGGGAAGCUACUAUGGACAGCCACCACACCAUGUGCUCCCAGCUCAGUGCCAGCAGCAGCAGCCCACGUUGUUACCGGCCCCACAUAGCGGACCCGGGGCCCCCACCUACCCUAUCGUUUCCUACCCAUCUGCGGCAGGGACCAGCCAGUACGGCACUCUCAUCUCCACACAGACUUUCGCCACGCCUGGAGCAACACAGUACAGUGCUGCCCCGCAGGCAUCCACAGCAGCAGCAUUGCAUCCUGGGUACAGCGCCGCCCCUCCGACUCAGAAUGGUCAAGCAAGCGCAGCCCACCAACACUACGACAACCAGGCCUCUCUAAAGAAUGACUCCUUCGGCGGGGGUGUAAACGGAGAGCGACCGCCGUCAGAAUCCUCUGCGUCAGUCCAUUCCUCACCGGGCCGCAUUCAAGGCGCCCAGUAUGGAUAUGUUGCUGCUAUUAGUGGAGAUAGCUCUGCCUCUGCCGCCACCUCAUGUCCGGCCGCUGUCCCCUCGUCAUCCAGCUCUGAUGAUGAGGAUGAUGACAAUGAGGAGGAUGACGAGGAUGAGGAAGCAGGUUGGGACACGUCCUCUUCCACUACUGGCACUGCGUCUCCGGUGCCCAACAGCUGUGAUUCCCUGGAAGGAGGCAAUUAUCCAGAUUCCAUGCCACCUUCAACCAACAUGACCAAUCAAGCCCCGCCUGACAAUAGCUAUGGUUACCCCAGCACGCAGCCAGACUAUCACCAGGGACCAACCUCGCCAAUGGACCCGCUGUCUUCUCAGGACCAGCUCGGCCCCUCGGGGUACCAGCCAUUCCCAAGCCUGUCCCAGCUAUCUGCAGCCCUGGGGGGCUUAAGCGGCGUACCGGAGCUGGAAGUGGAAGCUCUCAGGCCUCUCAACCUGCUGCAGGAGAGGAACUUGCUGCCCCCAAGACCCCUAGAGGCACCUGAACCCAACCUGAGCUCAGAGUUGAAGAAAGUCAACUGCAGUCCACAGACGUUUCGAUGUACCCUAACCAGCAUCCCUCAAACUCAGGCUCUUCUCAACAAGGCCAGACUCCCACUCGGCCUCAUCCUUCACCCCUUCAGAGAUCUACAGCAAUUGCCAGUUAUCACGUCCAACACUAUAGUGCGGUGUCGCUACUGCCGCACCUAUAUCAACCCCUUCGUCACCUUCCUAGGCCAGCGCCAGUGGAAGUGUAACCUCUGCUACCGGGUCAAUGAUGUACCAGAUGAGUUCAUGUACAACCCGGUGACAAGAUCCUAUGGCGAACCCAACAAGAGGCCAGAGGUCCAAAACGCCACCGUAGAGUUCAUUGCUUCUUCAGACUACAUGCUGCGGCCCCCUCAGCCUGCCGUCUACCUGUUUGUGUUGGAUGUUUCCCACAACGCUGUAGAGUCGGGAUACCUGAAGUAUUUCUGCAAAUUGCUCCUGGAGAACCUGGAUAAGUUGCCUGGAGACUCCCGCACUAAGGUGGGCUUCCUCACUUUUGACAGCACCAUCCACUUCUACAACCUCCAAGAGGGACUGUCGCAGCCACAGAUGCUGGUGGUGACAGAUCUAGAUGAUGUCUUCAUACCAUCUCAUGACAGCCUAAUGGUGAACAGGAAGGAGAGUAAAGAGCUUGUGAAGGACCUGCUGACCUCCCUGCCCGCCAUGUUCAGCCAGAGCAGGGAGACCCACAGUGCACUCGGCCCCGCCUUACAGGCCGCCUUCAAGCUCAUGUCGCCCACUGGAGGACGUGUCAGUGUGUUCCAGACACAGCUCCCCACGCUGGGUGCCGGUAUGCUGCAGUCCAGGGAGGACCCCAGCCAGCGCUCCAAUGCAAAAGGAGUGCAGCACCUUGGCCCCGCCACAGACUUUUAUAAGAAAUUUGCACUGGACUGCUCAGGACAGCAGAUCGGUGUUGACCUUUUUCUUCUCAGCUCCCAGUACUCUGAUCUCGCCUCGCUAGCCUGUAUUUCCAAAUACUCGGCUGGCAGCAUCUUCUACUAUCCCUCCUUCCAUCACAUCCACAACUCGGCCCAGCUGGAGAAGUUUCAGAAGGAUCUGGAGCGCUACCUCACCAGGAAGAUAGGCUUUGAGGCGGUUAUGAGAAUACGAUGCACUAAAGGUUUAUCCAUCCAUACGUUCCACGGGAACUUCUUUGUACGCUCCACCGACCUGCUGUCCCUCGCCAAUGUCAACCCUGACUCGGCCUUCGCUGUCCAGAUGGCGAUCGACGACUCUCUGGUGAACUCUUCUCUGGCAUGCUUCCAAGCAGCGCUACUCUACACCUCCAGCAAAGGAAAGAGGCGUAUCCGUGUCCACACCCUUUGUCUGCCUGUGGUUAACCAGUUGAGUGAUGUGUAUGCUGGAGCUGACGUCCAGGCCAUUACUUGCUUGCUAGCCAACAUGGCAAUCGACCGAUCUGUAUCAUCCAGCCUGUCAGAUGCCCGCGACGCCCUGGUGAACGCGGUGGUGGACUUUGUGAGCGCCUACAAGAGCAACGUGUCCAACCUGCAGCAGUCCGGCCUGGUGUUGCCCGCCGUCAUGCGCCUUUUCCCUCUCUACAUCCUCUGUCUGCUCAAACAGAAAGCGUUUCAGACAGGGACGAGUACACGCCUGGAUGAGCGCGUCUUCGCCAUGUGCGAGUUCAAGACGCAGCCGCUGCAGCAGCUGAUGCGAAUGGUUCACCCCGACUUGUACCGCCUGGACAACAUGUCUGACCAAGGGGCGCUCCACCUUAAUGAUACACUGGUCCCGCAACCUCCUCUGCUGCACUUGUCUGAAGAGAGGCUGAGCCGAGAAGGAGCAUUCCUCAUGGACUGCGGCAGUGUGUUUUACCUAUGGGUUGGUACACGCUGCAAUGAGAUGUUCAUCCGAGACGUUUUGGACUACCCCAACCAGGCUUCAAUCCCCCCCAACAUGAGUUGCAUUCCUGAGCUGCAAACACCGCUGUCAGAGAGGGUGCGAGCGUUCCUGGACUGGCUGCAGGACAACAGAGCAUUUAGCUCCAUCGUGCAUGUCAUCAAGGAUGGCGCCUCAGCCAGCGCGAUUGUCCUCCAGCACCUGGUGGAAGAUCGGUCUGAGUCGGCGUCGUCCUACUGUGACUUUUUGCAGCACAUUCAGCUGCAGGUGUGCUAGUAGGCUCCCAUCAUUCUGAAUGAUUACAAGGAAGACUGGUGGGUUUUUUUUUUAGUCUGUCACUGAUUGGACCAAGCGGGGUUGAGAAACAAUGAAGGAACGUCGACCACUGCCUCGUAGCUUCUCUGCGAUCGCUCAUGGGGACUAGAAGGGAAAAUGGAGCCAAGAAGAUGCCACUUUUGUCAUAAGCCUCCCUCGUAGCACUAUAUUGCUGUCCUUACUUUUUUAGUUUUAAAAGAUUUUGCUGAAAAGAACACUGAAAACACUAGAGAGGAAAUGCUUUUCACAGGUGUACUGUAUGCACUGGAAGAAACAUGGUUAUUUUGAUUGCUAGUGAUGAGACUGUGAAGCCCCCUCAUUUGCUCCCUACUUAUGACCAUCCAUACAUGUUCUUCCACUUAUCCAAGGUCGGGUUGCGGGAGCAACAGCCCAAGCAGGAAGCCUAGACUUCCCUCUUCCCAGCCACUUCGUCCAGCUCGUCCUUGCGGCUCCCGAGGUGUUGCCAGGCCAGGCCAGUUGCGAGGUCUUCUCCGAGGCCUCCUACCGGUCAGACGUGCCCUGAACACCUCCCCCGGGAGGCAUCCUGACCAGAUGCCCGAGCCACCUCAUCCGGCUCCUCUCAAUGCGGUGGAGCAGCGGUUUUACUCAGAGCUCACCUUAUCUGUGGCACCAUGGAGUCCGCAGGCACUGCUUUCUCAUUGGAAGGUGUGUCUGUAGGAUAGAGGAGUUCUUCGAAGUAUUUCCUCCAUCGGUCCACAACAUCGAGUCAAGGUCAGCAGCACACCAUCCCCACCAUACACGGUGUUGACAGUGUACUGCUUCCCCUCCUGAGACGGCGGAUGCUGGUCCAGAAUCUCUUUACAGUUGUCCGGAAGUAGUUCUCCAUGGCUUCCCCGAACUCCUCCGAGUUUUUGCCUCGGCGUCCACCAGAGCCACAAACUGCUUGGCUUGCCUGUACCUGACAGUUGCCUUCGGAGUCCCAUGGGCCAUCCCUCACCACUGAUGUCCACCAACGGGUUCUGGAAUUACCGCCACGACAGGCACCGACCACGUUAGCGCCACAGCUCCGGUCAGCCACCUUGACAAUGGAGGCACGGAACAUGGCCCACUCGGACUCAAUGUCCACUGUCUCGGAACAUGUUCGAAGCUCUCCUGGCGGUGGGAGUUGAUACUCCUUCUGCUGGGGGAUUUCAAUGCUCACGUUAGCAAUGACAGUGAGCCCUGGAGAGGCGUGAUUGGAAGGAACGCCCCCCCCCCGAUCUGAACCAAAGUGGUGCUUUUUUAUUAAGACUUCUGUGCUCGUCACAGAUUGUCCAUAAACACCGUGUUCAAGCGUAAGGAUAUGCACUUGGCACCAGGAUACCCUGGGCCGCAGUUUGAUGAUUGACGUUGUGGUCAUGUCAUCGGACUCGUGGCCAUACGUUUUGGACACCCGGGUGAAGGGAGGGGCGGAGCUGUCAACCGAUCACCAGCUGGUGGUGGGUUGGCGCCGAUGGUGGGUGAGGAUGCCGGUCAGACCUGGCAGGCCCAAACGCAUUGUGUGGGUCUGCUGGGAAAGUCUGGCAGAGUCCCCCGUAGCGUACAAGGGAAUCCCCCAAGGGAGCACUGCCCAGCACUCCCUCUUGGGACUCCAAAAAUGGUGGGUAGUCUAAACUGCUGUUUGCCACAUAAGCACCAACAACAGUCACCCCACCCGAAGACGGAGGGAAACUACCCUCUCAUUCACCGGAUUAAACUCCCAAAAGGGCAUGAGCAACAAUUUUGAUUGGAAUAACGUCCAGCCCCUAUUGAGAGGACUGGCUCCCGAGCCCUUGCUGUGCGUUGAGGUGAGUCCGACUAAACCUAGCCGGAGAGGUGACAUUCCACGUACCAAGAGCUAGCUUCUGCAGCAGAGGAUCAGACCGCCAAGGUCCCUGCCUUCGGCUGCCACCCAGCUCACCCUGCCCCGACCUCUUUGGCCAGUGAGCUUUGAGUGGUGAGCUCAGUGGAGGGGGGACCCAUGUUGCCUCUUCAGGCUGUGCCCGGCCCGGCCCAGCCACCAGACGCUCGCCAUUGUGCCCCAUCUCCAGGCCUGGCUCCAGAGGGGGACCACGGUGACCCGCGUCCAGGCGAUAACUCUGUUCAAUGUUUUUUCUCUUCAUAGGGGUCUGUUGAGCCACUCUUUGUCUGGUCCCUCCCCUAGGACCCGUUUGUCACGGGAGACCGUAAAAAAUACUCUCCUUUGUUGUUUUUUUCUUCCGAGACUAUAAAUGUAUGCUAUCCUCUUUGUAACUACUGAAAAGAAUAUUUUAUGUGGGAUAAUUUAUGAAGUAGCUUAUUAAAUAAAAAUGACAAACUAAACCUUUUGUAUA